CGCGCUCGCCCUGCUUGCCGACACGAAUAAGCUGAAGUCCUCCACUCCGCGGGCUGAACACCAGCCACGCUCCAACUCCGUCAACUCGAGUUGGUCAUGACCAGCCGCCUUGCACAGUCUAACGGGUCGGCUCCUCUCCAUAACACCACCACCAUCACAGUCAAUCGCACUCUACCCAUAAUGUCUGCCCCGCAGCCCCCUCCCCAGGUCUCCGGCCAGCAUAUUCCCCGCUUCCAGACCGGCAAUCAUCGACGCAAGCCGCCGGAGCAGUCGGCUCCCCUAUUUCAAUCCAAACACUCCCAGCCGCAACAUGCUGCUCCCAAGGACAUAAGGGAGCCGCCGCACCUCACCCACAGAAACCAAGAUUCCCAAAACCCGAACGUCGAUCAGGCCCCUAGCCACCCAGACAGCGGGAUGGGCCUUGAAUCUAGCUCCUCCUCCAACGACGGCCCCGGCCAGUACCUCGAACAACCAUCUGGCAGAGGUGGCGCGCAACAGAUGCAGCUGGAUUCGUCCGCUGGAAGUGGAGAUUCCUCUGGAGCUGAGGGCAUGCUAGCAGCAAAUGGUUCUGGUGGCAGCGGUCAGUCCAAACUGACGCGAAAGAGUACCGCUGAGGACUGGUUCAACGCCUUCAACCGUGACGUCCGAGGCAACCAGAGUUAUCCCAACUAUGACAAUGAUUCUCCCUACUAUUUGCCGAGUCAGCACCGCAAGAAACACCAACAAGGAGCCCGGAGUGCUUGGCCACCGAGGGUUCACAGUGGAGGAUUCCCGGAGCGGAGCAGCAUCCCGAAUAGUUACCGUGGAGGUCCAGUACAAGUUCUCGAGAGCACCGAAGAAAGCAAUAGCGACAGCUUUCGCAGUGUGAUUGAUGACUUGACCAUCAAGAAUCAAAGGCUUAAACGCCGGUUGCGACGCCUAGAAGGCCUCCAUGGACAACAUGCUACACAUGCAGAGAGGCUCUUUGAGCUACGAGUACAUGACUUGCCGGAGGAAAAGAAAGCAGAGCUUGAAAGAAUCCUGCAGUCAUUUACCGCGAACAUCGAAAACGAGAGAGCCGCCCAGGAACCCAGUUCCAGGAACGGGUUCCCUUCAGGUAACAGGUCCAGCGCUAUCGACUCUGGAUAUGCAUCAGUCUCUCGGUCCGGAAACGACUCUUCUGUGCCGUCGAGCGGACAGGGCCGGGAUUCGCGCCGUGAUGAUAGCGGGAAGCCUUGGCCAAGUUCGCACUCCAGUGCACAUUCCAACUCGGAAACUACCAAGAUGAAACUUGUAGUGCGCAGGCUGGAACAAUUAUUUACUGGCGGUGUUGCUGGAGCAGAUGAUGGACGGGUGGGACUGCAGCAGAACGUUUCGGACCUGGCCAAAGCCGAGGACAACGAAGCAACACUGAUGGGCGGUGGAUUCCUUGAAGAGGAGGGCGCCCGUGGUGCAUCACUAAUGUCACCGCCGCGCAAUCCGUUCAUCGAUUCGGAUUCCAAGGAGUCCCUUCUAACCGCCGAUGAGCCCGAGCAGAGACCGACCAGGCCCAUCGACCUGGACCCCCAGAGGGAGCAAGUCGCGGUCGACAACAUUGAGUAUCUUACCCACCUGACCGGGUCUGGCACCAAAGGUGUGGGCACGGGUGGGGGCUGGGUAUAUUUGAACUUGAUGAUCAACAUGGCUCAGCUCCACACCAUCAAUGUCACGCCGCCUUUCAUUAAGAAGGCUAUCGCCGCUGCCAGCGACAAUCUGGAACUGUCUCCCGACGGUAAGAUGGUUCGGUGGAGAGGGAACGGCGAGAUGUCUCCGCCCGAAUUUAGCAUGUCGUCAGGUAGAGGUGAGGGCAGCAGUGAUGAUGGUUGUCGACGGGGGUUUGAGUCGUCUGGGUCUGGAUCCGGUCCCGGUAUCAACGAACCCGAGCUACAGCCGGUUGAAAAGAACGGCACCGACCACCGAUUCCACUACAAGCCGAUGUUUGCGCGAUCCCAAUCCUUCGACGAAGAAUCCUCCAGUCUCGCGACGAGCAGCGACACCGAUCCCGAAGCGCCGAGACGAAGCAACUCUGGCGAAUCGCGCAAUUCCAGCAGCAAGCGGGAUUCGGGGCCGAUCAUCUUCUACAAAGGAGGAGGAUUUUGCACCGACCUGACUUCCCAGCCGCUGCGCGAGGAGGAGGGUGAGAUGGACAUGACGUACGAGCGAGCCACGAGCCGACCCCUCGGUUCGGCAACGCGCUGUCCGCCGUCGCCCAGCACCAGGGACGAUAGCCCAUUGUUCCGGCUGGGAACGGCAUUCGCCGAGCCCCAAUUGUACACGUCGAAGAUGGACGCCGAUCCCGAUGAUUUGAGUGACAUCGAAUUUUCGCCGCAAUUCACCGCCACAUCCCCGACGAUGAACCCUGCCGUGCCGAUCGAGUUCGAAGCUUCGGGAGUUGGCGGGGUUCUCCCAGCCGACAAUUUCGCGAUUAAUUGCCAGACGAGACAUUAUCUCCUCCCCGAUAACCACGGUCGUUUGCCCGUGUCGAGGUCGAGGGCUCUGAAGUCCAAGCUGCACAAGCGAAUCCUGCAUCGCAUCCCCAAGGCCUCUAUCGAUGCCUUCCACGACAAAGGAAAUGCGACCGAUUCUUCUGCCGGUUCUUCGUCUUCCUCGUCGGAGACCAGUGGAGCGCCUUCCAGCCGACACAGACGGCCAGUCAGACACGAAUUGCUGUCCGCCAACACUCUGAGGCUGCCUCCGUCGUCGCUUCCCCCAGCAUCCUACAUGUUUGCGUCUCCCAGCGAAGAUUCGUCAUCGAACGGAGAAACCGACUCGGACGAUGCGCCGCGGUCUUCUGGCUCCGAAGGUUAUUUCUUCCACCAAUCACUCGAUGCGUAUCGAACAUCGUCCGGUGAAGAAAACGAAGCCGCCACCGGGUUCCAGCGAUCGCCCAGUUCCGCCGCCACCGCAGGUGAUGGGGGGAGCAGGAGGGAAUCCAGCGUCUUUUCGGAUCACAUUGCCGAUGGCCAGAAUUACAAUGACCCGACUUACGACGACCCCCUGUCUAUGGACAGCGAACAGUCCAGCGACAGCGCAGACAUCGAUGUCCAGUUCCUCGGGGACGAUGCGGAUGUCGACAGGCCGAAUCUGAAGAGAUCGCGCGGGAGCGUCAUCAGCUCCACGAGCAACCACCAGGCUCGCAAGUCUGUUCGCAUGACGAACAUCAAUUUGCAGAGCAGCACUGAGAGCGACGAGUCAUGAGUGUUGUGAAAGGGAGGUGUUUUUCUUUUUUUUCUGUUUGGCGGGUGUUGGCGGUUUUUUCUUUCUUCGGAUUAAUGGCACGAAUGAGUUCCAUUGGUCCUUUUGUUGUUUUUUCUUUUUUUCUUUCUCUUUGAUCAGUAGGGAAUGCGGCUGGGUUGCAUCUUCAGAUCACCUCUUUUAUUCGUUUUCAUCACUUCAUACCAUCACCUUCAUUUUUUUUGGUGGUGGGGAGG